AUGUCGUAUAAAGUUUGUGUUGUUGGCACUGGAAUUUUUGCUACAGAUGCUCACCUACCAGCAUUGAAGGCAUCAAAGUAUUUCACACCUUACUCAUGCUUUAAUAGAACAAAGGAGAAGGCUGAGGUCUUUGCAAAAAACGCUGAUAUUAAGAUUAUCUAUGAUGAUAUGGAAGAUGCUUUCAAGGAUCCAGAGGUUAAUCUCGUGGACGCUCUACUUCCAGUGCAAUUCAACUUGAGUGCUGUUAAAUUAGCAGUUAAAUACAAGAAGAAUAUCUGCGUUGAAAAGCCAAUUGCGGCAGACCUGGAGCAGGCUGCGCAAAUUGUUAAACUUUCAAAGGAAAAUCCGGAUCUUAUUAUUGCUGUGAACGAGCAUUGGUGCUACUUCAAAGCAGUUGAUGCUUUGAAAGAGGCAGUCUCAAAGAUAGGCAAUGUUUAUUCUUUUACUUAUUCAUCCACAGGUCAAUUUAACUUUGCCAAUAAAUAUCUCAGUACAUCUUGGAGAAGACAACCUAAGCAUAUUGGCGGCUUUUUAUCAGAUGGGGGUGUUCACCAAUUAGCCCUUUUAACAGGUGUGUUAGGUCAAAUUAGAAAGGUCAACGCUCAUACUAAAAGGGUCCGUGAGUUGAGUGGAACAGAUGAUAUAUUAUACUCUCUUGUGGAAAUGGAAUCCGGAGUGAUUGGAACAUUCACGUAUGGAUCCGCUUUUGGAAAUACUGAUAAGAGCUGUAUUUUCAAGAUUUUGGGUGAUAAUGGCUCUGUGUUCUUGGAUUUCAGUCCAAAACAUCCAGAAAAAUUAACAUUGAGAGUUGGCGGUCUCACAGCAGAAACAAAGUCAUACGAAAUGGAUAUUCCUAUCGAGGAUGAAUACCGGACUCCAUCCAAAGAGUUUGAUGUUUUAGGUGAAGCGAUCAAGACUGGAGAUAAGAGUGGAAUCAUCGCUACUCCAGAAGUCGCUUUUCAUCAUCUUGCUAUUAUUGACGCUGCUCUCAAGAGUUCUUCCAAGGGAGGAGACACAGUCGUUGUUGCGAAGCCAUAA